AAAGAACAUGCAUCGUCAAGCAAUGAAAAGCAAUCUUGGUGAUUUGGGUUCAGAUAGAAAAAGGAUUGGUUCAAGAAAUUAUGAUCAACCCAUUUGCCCAAAACCUAUUAGGCUUUCACCUUCCAUACCUGAUUUCCUCAAACCAAUCAGGUGUACCAAACACAGUCAGCAAAACAUUGAUGAAGGGAAUGGAGUACUGAAUAUGAUCAUUGAAAAGAAUGUAGAUGGAAGGGAAUCAAUAUGUAAUGCAUGCCUACCUUGCUGUUACUCUGGCUCGCCGCCGCGCAGAACUGAGAAUCCUUUGGUUCAUGAUGUUGAGUUUCUUCAUCAAAUGGAAGUUGUUUCACCAUUAUUAUCACGAACUAAAUACUCUGAUAAAUUUGGUAUCACCUCUGCUUCUACAAUGUGAAUUAGGAAAAGAAGGUGAAAGUAGCUUUGUUGAAUGGGAAGAGAUUAUCAUAAAUUUUGCCUAGAGUAGUAGUUAAAUUUUUGUGGAAUUAUUAUUAUA